GUCAGAGAACACGAGUCUAUUCAUUGGCUGCCCAGAGACGUCGCUCCUCCCCCGGAAUUGCGUCACAAGGUCACCAGCCAAACGGGUCACUCGCAGCGGUUCCAAGAUGGCGGCCUCCUUGUGUCAGUGUUACCAGCUGUGUGUCAGGAGAAGUUCUGCACUUUUAGUUGCUCGUCAGUAUGCGUCUUUAUACGACAGAGCUCAUGUGUACAGGAUAUGUGGCCCGGCGGCUGCCACGGCGCAGGCGAGGUUUAUGUCCUCCGGUGGCGGUCGCAGAGGCUUUCUCGGAGAGUUUAUGGACAAUCUCAAGCAGGAACUGAGCAAGAACAAGGAGAUGAAGGAGAACAUCAAGAAGUUUCGCGAGGAGGCCAAAAAACUAGAGGAGUCGGAAGCCCUCAAGCAAGCCCGGAGGAAAUAUAAAACCAUCGAGUCCGAAACAGUUAAAACUUCUGACGUGUUGAAGAAAACACUCGGGACGAUAUCAGAGACGGUGAAGGAGGGUCUGGAAGAGGUCGGCCGCUCGGACAUCGGAAAGAAAAUCAAAGAAGGCAUGGAACAGUCGGCGGAGACGGUGUCUAAAGGGGGAGAAAAACUGGGAAAGACCGGAGCGUUUCGGGCGAUUUCACAGGGUGUGGAGAGUGUCAAGAAAGAGAUCGGUGACUUCGGACAGAUGGGCCCGUACCGGCCGCCCACCAGACUGAGGAAGAGGAGCGAUUUCUCCUCCAAGGCAGGAGGCGCAGAAGACAAAGUCUUUGAGGCCAACGAGGAGGCGAUGGGUGUGGUGCUGCACAAGGACUCUAAGUGGUAUCAGCAGUGGAAGGACUUCAAGGACAACAAUGCUGUUUUUAACAGGUUCUUCGAGAUGAAGAUGAAGUACGACGAGAGCGACAACGCCUUCAUCAGAGCGUCCCGUGCCGUCACUGACAAGAUGACUGACAUCAUCGGCGGCUUGUUCUCUAAAACAGAGAUGUCUGAGGUUCUGACCGAGAUCCUGAAGGUGGAUCCGAACUUCGACAAGGACUCGUUCCUGAAGCAGUGCGAGCGGGACAUCAUUCCCAACAUCCUGGAGGCCAUGAUCCAGGGAGAGCUGGACGUCCUGAAGGACUGGUGCUACGAGGCGACGUACAGUCAGCUGGCUCACCCCAUCCAGCAGGCCAAAGCCAUGGGUCUCCAGUUCCACUCCAAGAUCCUGGACAUCGAUAACAUUGACUUGGCGAUGGGGAAAAUGAUGGAGCAAGGUCCCGUCCUCAUCAUCACCUUCCAGGCUCAGCUGGUGAUGGUCAUCCGUAACAUGAAGGGUGAAGUGGUGGAGGGCGACCCGGAAAAGGUUAUCAGGAUGAUGUACGUUUGGGCAUUGUGUCGAGAUCAGGACGAGUUGAAUCCUUACGCCGCCUGGAGACUCUUAGACAUCUCCGCUUCCAGCACUGAACAGAUCCUGUAAACAAUGGCUUCCUCAAUGGGGACACGAGGGGAGGGAUCGGGGGUGUGGCUCAGCUAGGGGCGGAGCCACAAACAUCGGCUUGUUUUACAUAACUCCUCCCCUAGCGGUUUCUUCCAGAGCUCUACCACGAACCCCAGGGUUGUUCACGGUGAGCCAAAAUGGCCGACGGUUGGACUCAACGCCAUUGGACCAAAUCCCCAUCCGUCUGAAAGACUAAGAGACUCUUAGUUUAUGUUUGUGCGUAUUGUCUGUUGGAAAGGAAUGUGUAAAAUCGAUUGGUUAUCAAGUGCCAUUCUUCCAACCUGUCAAUAACAAUGUGGAAUAAUAAUAAUAAUAAUUAUAAUAAAAGUACGUAAUUUUCUAUUGGAUUGAAUCUGAAUAUAACUAAACCUCCCCAGGUGUCUUAAACUGAGAAACAGUUUGGAAUUGUUGCCACAAUGGUUGAUGUGUCUAUUUAUUAAAGAUUUGGUCCAGGUUAUGUAGUUUUAUCAAUUUCAGAUUGUAUCUUUAAGAUCGGCCUUAAUGUUUUCUUCUUUCGGAGUGUUUCAACAGAUUGUUUAUUAAGCCAUCAGUUGUUUUUUUUUAUACAUUUACGCCUCAUUAAUGUGGGGCUAAAAUUGCGAGUCGUCUUCAAAAUGACAAUAAGAUGAUAGAAUAUAAUUCAAUUUUCCUGCUGUAUAAAAAUGAAUUGCUGUUUGAUGUAGAACGUGUAAUCUAUAUUAAAAAUAUCCCACCCUUCACCAUAAA